AUGGGAUUCAUAUCGUCCAAAAUCCUCAUUCAAGCUCAUGCCUUCUUACUAACUGUUCUGGCCGUUCAUUUGAUGAGAUCACCCGAAGUCAUCACGGAAUCCGACGUUGUACUCAUGCUUGGAGAGCUUCUGCAACUGGAUGCGCCAUCAUCGUUCUCCCUUUCUCAACCCCAUUACGCCCUGUGCGGAAUUCUUCUUAUCAUCGACGCCCUUAUCGACCUCGUCCUUGUCUACACAAUCCCUCAAAUCAAUGAAGUCUUCGCAAUGGCGGAGGCUGCACGGUCUCAUGCCCCGGGCUCCGUGGCCGGGGCCAUGCGCGCGAAUCCCUUCAUGGCUCGGCUUGGCUCGCUCUACUCUGAAAUCUGGACACUCCUUUCCGCCGCUCGCUUUUGCGUCUUCUUUGCCGUCUCCUUCUACAUCUUUCAGUGCCAACCGUCCGUGUGGGCUGGCAUAGAAAGUGUCGGUAACGUGUCUACAGUGGCCCAACUCAAGAGUCCAGUCACAUUCACCUUUGGGUUCAUGGAAAUGAUGUUCUGGCUCUGGAUCUCCGUCACCAUUCGGGAAGAGAAACAAGCAGUGAGUUCGAGGUUUUUGGAGCGCGGCCAAUAG